GUUAUUUCUAAAAAAAAAAUAAAAAAACAACACUUAACACUUUUGAGAGCUUUGAUGGUCUUUGCUUGAGUCAAAAUGGUUAAAGAAGUGGUCUUUGUGACUGGAAAUUCGAACAAGUUAAAGGAAGUCGUCUCCAUUCUCUCGGGACCCAGUUUUGACUCACAGGCUUCUGUUAAUGUCGUAGGCCAUUACAAGAUUGUGAAUCAAUCUUUGGAUUUAGAUGAGGUGCAGGGCACUAUAUCUGAAGUAACAAUAAAGAAAGCCCAACAAGCUGCAAAUUGGAUUAAUAAACCGGUUUUGGUUGAGGACACUGCUUUGGUUUUCAAUGCCUUUUACGGGGAAAACAAUGGUGUCAAUGAUUUGCCUGGUCCUUAUAUCAAGUGGUUUUUGAAAAAUUUAGGUCUAACUGGUUUGAUCAAUUUGCUAUACAAAUUCGAUGAUAAAUCUGCUAAGGCUAUUUGCACUUUUGGCUAUUGCGAGGGUCCAAAUCAACCUGUUUUAUUGUUCCAGGGCAUCACUGAAGGUAUUAUAGUUGAUAAACCUAGAGGCCCAACAGAUUUUGGGUGGGACCCUAUUUUCCAACCUGUUGGUUUUAAUGAAACUUAUGCUGAACUAGAUAAGAAAGUUAAAAACUCUAUAAGUCAUAGAUUCAAAGCUUUAGAUAAAGUGAAAGAUUUUUUUCUCAAUAAUUAAUUGUUUGAUUCUAGUGUAAACAAAGUACAUAUAAAUUUACGCAUACAUAUUUACACAUAUAUAUUUAUAUAAAUGAAUGAAUAAAUGAAUGGAUAGAUAAACGAGUA